AAAAAAUUUAUCUCUAAUGAAUGUUGAUGAUUUAAGAAAUAAAUUGACAGAAUUGCACAAAAAGCAAAUGGAUUUUCUUACAAAAAGAAAGACAAUAAUAAAGGAGAUUAAGAAUUUUUCAUUUUAGUAUAUUAGAUAUAUAUAUUAAUUAGAAAAUUAGAUCAUAAAAAAAUAAAAUUGAAUAAUGGAAAUGAAUAGGUAGUUAUUUAUAGUUUUAAUAGUUAUUAGAAAGCAUUUGAUUUAAAUCUCGUGGGUGCAAAAGAAGAACGCGCAGAAAAGUAAAAGUAGCUUGAUGAACAAGUACCCACUACGUUAAAAGAGAAGAAUAAACGUUUAGCAAAAUGCUUAAUUGGAAAUCAUCUCUAAAAAGCAAAAUAAGACUUGAUGGGUGAGAAAUAGAAGGUAAAAUUUUUUGUAUAUUGGAUAAAGUUAGAAAAAUAAAUAGAAAUUAGUAAAAGAUUAGAUGAUAAGGAUAAAUUAGAUUUAUAAACGCUUAAAGAAGAUUAGAAUGUAUUUAAUCGAUUAAAUUUAGAAAAAAAAAAGUUAGUUGGUUAAUGAGAGAAAGUAAUUAGAACGAGAAUUAGCUGCUGAUGAAUAUAAAAGAUAGGUAUCAAUAAAAAUUAAAUUUUAGGUUCUAUUACUGGAACUGCAAAUUAAAAUAAUGAGAGAUUUUUUUAUCACAAAGUAAAUUUUAGAUUCUAAUUUUAGAACGUAUCCUCAUAUUUUAUGGUAGCCAGCUAAAACCAAUGAGGGUAUGAAUCCAUUAAAGGAAUACAGUAAUGAAAAGUUCAAUGUAUUUAAUAAUUUUAAUCAUAACAGGAAAUGGAGAAGGAAUUAAAAGAAUAGUUGCUAAAAGCAUAUACUAAUUUUACAGAUUCUCAAAAUUAGAAAAUUAAGGAAUAGUAGGUUUAAUAGGAACAUGAAAGUUCAUAAUCAGAAAGUGAAGAGUCUUAGGAAAAACAGAAAGAAGAAGGGUAAGAAUGAUGAAAAAUUAUAG